AUGGAACCUAUGACAUUUGCGGUUGCUGCGAUGGCAUUCGCAGCAUUUUAUUUUUAUUCCACAAGGCCAGCUUGUAGAGAAGCGAUUAAUAAUUGGACUGCGACAACACUACAAUCUAAUCUAAGCCAAAAGAAAGAACUUCCAGUGGCUGAGACACAAAGGUUGAGUGUUGUGGAGCCUCAUCCAGAUGCAUUGCAAGCAGCAACUGCCGCAGAAAUGUUUGGAACCCAAAAAAAGCAACCUGGUGAGGAAUUACCUCCAGGUGCUUCUGGUACUACUGGAUAUACAAAUCAAAAACAGGAUGAUGAAGAAAAGGCAGCAACAGAGAAUGAGGGACAACCUGCUGCUGGAGGUGAAGGUGCCCCUGAUGACAAUGGCAAAAAAAAGAAGAAGAAAAGAUCAAAACGUAAAAAGAGUAGCAGACGAAAGAGAAAAAGCCGAAGAAGUGAAGAUGAUGCAGAAGGAGGAGAAGAGAAGAAAAAGAAAAAGAAGAAGAAGAAAAGUAAAGUAUUGGAUGAACCACCACAGGAUGAACAAUGA